AUGACCUCUCGUGACGGUUUUCAGUGGACACCCGAAGAAGGACUUACACAGGGAGUCCCUUCCGUUGGUGUCAUAUCACCCCCUACGAAUCUCACAUCUACCUCAGGGCCGUGGGAUGUAAUUGUUGUCGGUGGUGGGUACUCUGGAUUGACAGCAACUCGCGACUUGUGCGUAGCCGGACUUCGAGUUCUUCUUGUAGAAGCACGCGAUCGUAUCGGUGGACGAUCAUGGUCUUCUAACAUUGCUGGAUAUCCUUACGAGCUUGGGGGGACGUGGGUACAUUGGGGACAGCCACAUGUGUGGCGAGAAAUCUCCAGAUACCAAAUGCGAACCGAGAUGGAAGAGUCUUUUGACUUCUCUCGGGGCGUGAACCAUUUUCAGCUGCGUACCAACGAAGGAACGAGCAUUAUGAGCCAUGAGGACGAGGACGCUUUGCUUGCAACUGCGCUUCAGAAGUUUGUCGACGUCGAUGGUAGCUUGGGUCGGAAGAUUAUACCAUACGCGCACGAUGCCUUCCACGUCCCCGAGGCUCGCGAAUACGAUAGGAUGUCCGCGAAGGAUCGAUUGGAUGUCAUCGCGCUGUCCCUGACACCGAAUGAACGUGCUGCACUCGAGAGCUUUGUUCUGCUUUGCAGCUGUGGCACCCUGGAGACUACAAGCUUCUUCGAGUUUCUUCACUGGUGGGCACUGUGCGGCUACACCUACCAAGGAUGCAUGGAUUCUUUGAUCUCCUACAAAUUCAAGGGAGGCCAGUCUUCCUUUGCAAUCAGGUUCUUCAAAGAGGCCCUCUCUACAGGCAAUCUUUCCUAUGUCUUUAACAGCCCUGUCAAAUCAAUCACCGACGAAGGCAACCAAGUCACCCUCAAGACUCGUGAUGGUCGCCAAUAUACAGGCGCUCGUCUUGUGUCCACCAUCCCAUUGAAUGUCUUGAACUCUAUCUCCUUCAGUCCUCCACUGGACCCCCAGCGCAUGGCCGCCGCGAAUACGGGGCAUGUUAACCAAUGUGUGAAGGUGCAUGCUGAGAUAUCCAACAAGGACAUGCGCUCAUGGACAGGAAUCUCUUAUCCCUUCAACAAGCUCACAUAUGCGAUUGGCGAUGGAACAACCCCCGCGGGUAACACUCAUAUUGUCUGUUUUGGUGGGUUCAAUAACCACAUGCACCCGGAAGAGGACGUCCAGGAGACGAAGAAGGCCGUUGAGAACAUGGCACCUGGAAAUAUGGAUAUUGAACGACUGGUCUUCCAUAACUGGAGUAAGGACGAAUUUGCAAAGGGUGCUUGGUUCUUCUCACCUCCCGGACUGCUGUCAUCCUCACUCGAUGCAUUGCGUAGGCGCCAAGGAAACACUAUAUUUGCAAACUCAGACUGGGCUAUUGGCUGGCGCAGCUUUAUCGAUGGGGCUAUUGAAGAGGGCACGCGUGCGGCAAUGACUGUAAAGGAGGAGCUGCAAUCUAGCCCUGCUUCUCGGCUUCGUCUGUAG